AUGGAGAAACAUUUGUUAACGUUAUUGGUUUUAUUAAUAGUACCAUAUUAUAAUUUUAACUUUGUACAAGGAUCAGAAGUUAAACUGUCACAAGCUGAAAAACUAGCCAUUAAAAGGCGACUCAAAUUCAUCAACAAACCAGCAAUUAAAAGUUUUGUGACUCAACAUGGUGAUGUUUUGGACUGUGUGGAGGUUCAUAAGCAACUUGCAUUUGAUCAUCCUUUGCUAAAGAAUCACUCUAUACAGAUGAAACCUAAUUUCAAGAUUCCUAAGCGGGCAAAAUUAAAUGAUAAUUCAUCCUCAAUAUUGAGUGUUUCUCAACUUCUACCAAGGAACAUGAGAUGUCCAAAAGGAACGGUGCUCAUCAAAAGGAUACAAGAGAAAGAUCUUAUGAUGGAGAUAUCCUCAUUUUCAACUUCAAAUUCCUCCAAAUUUGCUCACCCUAAUGAUGUUCAACUGGUCAAUGAGAUUGCGAGUAUAGGGGUAUCUACUCCAAACACAGGAGCAGCGGGGAAAAUAAACCUAUGGAGCCUAGAUGAUGUAAAACCAGACCAACUUAGUGAUGCUACUUUCUAUGUUAGAAGCGGCGAUGGUUUAAAUGUUAACGCUAUAGUAGCAGGAUGGGCGGUGAAUCCAUAUCUAAAUCCCAACUCUCCUACACUAUACACUUAUUGGACGAUAGAUAGCGGGAAGAGCACAUGUUGUAACAAUGCACUAUGUCCAGGUUUCGUACAAACUAGUCAAAAAGUCACCCUUGGCCAAGCUUUAAGUCCGGUAUCAAAAAGAUUAGGUCAUCAAUAUUUUCUAGACCUUUCAGUACAACAGGAUGUAAGAACGAAGAAUUGGUUUCUCCUAAACGGAGAAGAAACCGUCGGAUAUUGGCCAAAGGAGUUGUUUACAAGCCUAGCCAACGGAGCGACACAAGCGGGUUGGGGAGGAGAAAUAAAAAGCCCGAUCAUAGAGCCGACUCCGGCCAUGGGAAGCGGUCAUUUCUCUAAGGAAAAUUUUUCAGUUGCAUGCCUUAUGAAGUGGCUAGAGUUGCGAGCACCACAAGGUUUUCCUGAUGAAAAAGCUAUUGAAUAUUAUAUGACAAGGCCUGAAUGUUACGAUAUUUGGUAUAGAAAAUCUCCUGGUACAAAUGAAAAUCAUGAUAGAUAUGAUGAUGAUGAAUCUUCAAAUUGGAAAAAUUUUAUUUAUUUUGGUGGACCUCCUGGCUGCAAGCAUUGAAAUACAACAUAAUGUAUGAUUAAACUUUAUUUUUCUUCUUUGAUUAGAGUGGUGCAGUGAUAAUAAUAAUAAUAAUAAAACUAAGAAUGUUUGAGAAUGCUAUUUUGACAUAGGCAAUUGGCCGGGAAGGAUUUUCAUACAAUCACACUUAAUUAUCAGUGGCAGAUCCAAGAAUUGAGUCUGGUGAGAUUAAAUAAUCUAAGUAUCAUUAACAAUAAUAAAAAAAAUAAAAUAAAAAAUCAGAAAAUGAUGUAGGAAGAAUAAAACCGUAAGAACUACGGCGUACAUAAAAUGAGCUAAAAGUGAAUCUAUACUAUACUAUAUACUAGCCUAAAAACUAGUUAAUAAAUGAAAUCAAUACUAAUAAACUAAAGUAAUUCCCAAAAUAAUUUGUAGAUUAUAAGUGUCAACACCACAUAAAAUAUUUUCCUCCCAAAAAUAUUGUGUUUUUUUGUCGUCAUGUUUAUCAUUAAAAAAAUAAAUAAUUUCGAGUUAGUUUUUUUUGUUUUUUUUUUUUGGACAACACUUUCAAGUUAGUUUUAAAGCUUGAUAUAAAAGCAAUAAAUAAAUAGAAAUUAAUUUUGGGUGAAAAAUAAGAUAGAAAAUUUCAAUUUUAACAUACACAAUCCUAUGUUCCAUUUGACCGAAUUAAAAAAAAGGUUGGUUACAUAUUGAUAAUUUCAGUUAUUAAUCGACUACAUAAAUUUAUUAUUCAUAUUAUGAAUAAAAAUAAUCCAACCAUUUAUUAAUUGAAAAAGUCGAGCAGCUUGGGCAUUAACUACUCCUUAGUAAAAUAUUAAUUGCAUCUAUUGAUGUGUGAUUUUGAUGUCCAUUCACAAUUAUUUCCAAUUUUGAAAAGAUUUACCCAAAAAUCUUACCUUAAACAAAAAAAAGUAAUCUCCUUUCAAAAAAAAAAAAAAACAAAAAAAACUAAUCUUACCAAAAAAAAA